AUGGGUAGCAAGCGAAAGCGCGGAACCAAGGAUGGCCCCAUUGUGCCUUCAAAUGCACAGAAAAAGGUCAAGAACACCACAUCUCCCCCCAUCGUCCCCGUCGUCGCAGCCGCAAAGCCACCGUUGGAGAAAGCCCCCUUUGUCGAAACUCCCACAAUCGAAGACAGAAAGCGCGAAGGCCUGUUAUACGAACAUCUCGGUAGCGAGGACGACAAUGACCGGAUCGAGGCCGCCGAUUGCAUUAUAUCAGGACUUUUAGAUGGCGAGGGCGUUGCUGAGGCAGUGGUGCAGAGACAUCUCGAUCGACGACUCUUCCGCGGACUAUCUAGUGGCCGUAAUGCUUCGCGCAUUGGCUUUAGUCUAGUCAUCACCGAGAUUCUCAGCCAACUAUUUGGAGACAAGUCUCUAAGCGCAGAAAAAUACAGCGGGCUGACGUUCGACAAGGUGCUUGGGUUCCUGUUGGAGAAGGCUCAGAUUGUCGGCAACAUUCCCGGCCAGGAGGAGCGUGACAUCUUCUUUGGCCAAUUGUUUGGUAUUGAAUGCUUUGUUAAGUCCCGCAUUUUAUUUUCCGAACCUUCGAGAUGGAACACAAUAUUGGACGAGCUGUUGAAAUUGAGCAACAAGAAAGUCUGGUUAAAGUCACAAUGCGGCUGGGUUCUUGUCCAGGCGCUGCAGCAGAUGAACCAGGCCCAGGCCAAGGCGACGCUUGAGAAAUUGUCAAAUUCAGGAGUAGCCAAAACUCCCGAAGGCGUUGCCGUUUGGAUGGUUGCGCUCGACCAGUUCCCUAAUCUCAGCGUGAAGCCCUGGCAGCAUCCUCUGGCCAAAAAACACCUUGGUGAUAUGGCUGCUAUCUUGAAGGAAAGCUUCAACGAUUCAAGCAAGGAUACUUCUAGCAAUUCUCGGAACAACAAACAAGCCACUUGGACGGCCCAGUUGCACUUUGUCUGGGACCUCAUCCUCAAUCAUUAUCUCAAGGCCGAGGACUCAAAGGCCGAAGACUUUGCUCAGUUCUGGAGCCGAGUCGUUGACGAUGGAUUGUUCUCCAAGCAGGCUACCGAUGGCCAAAAAUUCAAGGGUUUCACGGUCUUCCAAAAAUUCCUCGAGAGCUAUGCGACACAUCCUGCGCUGUUGCAAACCUUAUUCAGCAAGAAUCUCAUGACUUCUCUCAUGAACCAGUCCGCAAAGGAGGAUCGAUACCUACAUCGAGCAGCUAUAAAGACGCUAAAAGCCAUCGAGGCCGCAGUAUCAUCUCAACCCUCCAAUCUGGUCCCUGUGCUUGAGAAUCUUCUGACCAAAAACGGAAUCUACAACUUUGAUCAGCGCACCAACACAAAGACGAUCGACAGGCUCCUGCAAAAUUUCAACCUAGAAAAUGACAAAGGAUGCCUGAAGAUUAUCCAAAGCCCCAUUGCUGGCCUGUCACAGCAAGAAGUCAGCGAGGCCCAGACUAUCCUGAGAGUUCACAUUGACUAUCUAUCAAAAGUCCUAGGGGCCUGCGCUUCCCUAGGUGGAAAAGAAUCUCAAGCUGACAAGCUUGAAAACACCUCAUUAAGCGCUACACUGCAGCAGUUAUCACGUCUUGCCUAUUCCCAGCCGGAGGAUAUCCCAAAGGAUGUCCUAACAGAGCAAAUUCAAGAGCUUGCUCGGUCAAGAUUGGAGACGGCACUCGCGAAGCUGACUCGCCAGACUUCCGAUUUUGUUACCUUCUGCCAGGCAGUCGCCUCCAUCGACUCAAGUGCCGUUACCAUGUCUGAGGAAAUCAAAUCAGCCAUUGAGAGUGCGCUGUCAAGAAUGCACAAACUGCUAAAGCAGAAGACAAAGACUGAUAACGACAAGACUCUAACACAGGGGCUGGCUAUGCUUCAUGCCAUCUCCAUUUUCCAACUAUACAACCAAGACCCCGAUGCGAUGGAAGUACUAGAUGAUCUCGCCCAGUUUCACGAGAGGCUCCAGGAGGGCAAACUCGGAGAUGACGAUACUGGAAGUUCAGAGUUCUUGGUAGAAAUCUUACUAUCCAUGGUGGCUCGCCCCUCAUCGUUGAUGCGACAGGUGUCUCAGCAAGUAUUUGAAGCUUUCACAUCACAAAUCUCCGCUGGCGGCUUGGAACUGCUCUUUGGACCCCUGGGCGCCAAUGAGAGCACCAAGGGCCAGAAGGAGCUGUUUAACACAGAGGACGAUGGUAUGGAUAUCGAUGGCGAAGGCUCUUCUGAUGAGGAUGGCGAUGAUGUGGAAGAAAUCUCAAACAUCGAGAUCGACUCUGACGUGGAAUUUGUUGAUCUUGGAGAUGCCGAUGGAGAGGAAGGCGAUGAUGAUGAAGAAGAUGAGGAAGAAGAAGAUGAUGAGGACGAGGACGAGGACGAGGACGAGAACGACGAUGAUGAUGACGAAGAGGCAGAAGGAGACGCAAAAGAAGGCCGCAUAGAGAUCGACGUGCCCCUAAGCAAAAUCCUCAAAAGCCACCGCCUCGAUAAAGACGCCGAAGCCGAAUCCUCCGACGACGAAGGUGACAUGUCCGACUCGCAAAUGUUCGCCCUCGAGGACAAGCUCGCCGAAGUCUUCAAGCAGCGCGCAAAGGCCCGCCCAGACAGCAAGAAGCAGAAAAAGGACGCCAAGCAGUCCGUCGUCAACUUCAAGAACCGCAUCCUCGACUUCCUCGACAUUUACGUCAAGAACGAGGUCCUCAGCCCGCUCGCCUUCUCCCUGCUCAUCCCGCUGCUGGAUCUCAUGCGCACGACGAGCACAAAGACGCUGGCUGGCCGUGCCUGUGAGAUUAUUCUCAAUUACCAAAAGGGCUUGAAGAAGGCGAGGAGCGGCGCCGGCGGUAACAAGGAUACUGAUGCAACUGAGGCCGCUGCUGCGCCAGUCUACGAUGCUGAACAGCUGCUCUCCGUGCUGGUGGAGGUGCAUGAGGAGGCAGGCAAGGACAACGCGCACGCGUAUGCCAAGGCUGCCAGCGCCGCCAGUCUGAUUGUAGCUUCGGCCAUGUUCGCCACGGACAAGGAGCUGGUGAAGCAGGCGGCGGCGGUGUAUGCCAAGACGCAGUCGGAUUGGGUCCUGGGCCAGGCCAAGUUGCAAAACUCCUUUUUCGCGGACUGGAACAACUGGUGCCAGAACCAUGCUUCUCAG